AUGGUUAAUGUAUCCUUAAAAAUGAUAAAAAUCGCUUUAACAAAUAAAAUUUUGAAAAUAAAAUAAAUUUAAAUUAUAAAGAAAAUCAUUACAAUGAUUAAAUUUUUUUAUUAAACGAUCCUCUUGUUGGAACAAAAUUAAAUUAAAAUUAUUCAGAAAAAAACAUAGUAAAAAAGUAUUUUUCUUUUAAUAGAUUGUAAGAAUUCAAAAAUAAAAGCUUAAAGGUUCAAGAUAAUUAAAAAAAAAAUCUAUCUUUAAAACAAUCUUCAGACUAAUUUGAUGAGAAUGAUAUUGAAGAUGAUUAAUGUGAGUUUGAUAGUGAAAUGA